AUGCGCCUUCUCCUCCUCCUCGCUGCCACGGCCAGUGCCGCCCCCAUCGCCAACAACGCCCGCUUCCAGGGCUUCGGUGGCGGUUGCGGCCCCUGGGGCUGUGACAAGCGCGAUGAGGUCGCCGAGCGUAACGCCGAGGCCGACGCCGAGGCGCAGUCGUGGGGUGGCUGCGGCGGCCGCGGCACUCCCUGCUGGAAAAAGGAUGCCGAGCCCGAGCCGGUGAUCGUCGAGGUCGUUGCCAAGAACGCCGAGCCCGAGGCCGACGCGGAGGCGCAGUCGUGGGGCGGCUGUGGCGGCCGUGGCACCCCGUGCUGGAAGAAGGACGCCGAGCCCGAGGUCGUGGAGGCGCGUGACGCCGAGCCUGAGGCGGAGCCCGAGGCCCAGUCGUGGGGUGGCUGCGGUGGUCGCGGUACUCCUUGCUGGAAGAAGGACGCCGAGCCCGAGGUUGUCGCCCGCGAGGCGGAGCCUGAGGCUGAGCCCGAGGCUCAGUCGUGGGGUGGCUGCGGUGGCCGCGGCACUCCUUGCUGGAAGAAGGACGCCGAGCCCGAGGUUGUCGCCCGCGAGGCGGAGCCUGAGGCUGAGCCCGAGGCUCAGUCAUGGGGCGGCUGUGGCGGCCGUGGUACUCCCUGCUGGAAGAAGGACGCCGAGCCAGAGGUCAUUGAGGCCCGCGAGGCGGAGCCUGAGGCUGAGCCCGAGGCCCAGUCGUGGGGUGGAUGUGGCGGCCGCGGCACUCCUUGCUGGAAGAAGGAUGCCGAGCCUGAGCCGGUUGUCGUUGAGGUCGUUGCGAAGGACGCCGAGCCCGAGGCCGACGCCGAGGCUCAGUCGUGGGGCGGCUGCGGUGGUCGCGGAACUCCUUGCUGGUAA